AUGACGUCGGCACAUCGUCCCACGUUUCACCCAGCCCGUGGAGGUACUGCUCGCGGAGAAGGCGACCUUUCCAAACUCUCUGCGCAGUACUCAUCCAAGGAUAUGCCUUCUCAUACAAAACUGAAAUACCGCCAAACCGGUCAAGGAACUGAAGAUGAUAUUCGCAAGAAGGUGGUUCAUAUCAAAAUCAACUAGUUAUCUUGACUUUAUUUCUUAAUAAUUCGAAGCUUUCUUUAUCUUAACCUUUUGUAGCAAACACAAGACUCGAUAUAAUGUUUAGUUUGAGCCAUCAAAAAGUCAAUCUUUCUCGAAAUGGGGGGAAAAAUCGGUUUAAAUUUUCAAAGUUUAUUGUUGCAGGAUCUUCGCCGCGAACUUGAAGACAAAGAAAGAAACGCAGUGCGCGAAAGACGAGCUCGCGACAGCGCUCAAGGAUCUUCGAGCAGCAAGAGGCCGCGGAUGGACGAAAUCGCUGAGAGUGCCGCCGUCGACGCCGACGAGGCCAUCGAUGAGGUUCGAGUCUUUUUUCUAACGUCCCAACAAAAUCACAGGUCGACUCUGAUGAUGACGACUCCGAUGACGACGACACAGCUGCGCUUAUGGCAGAAUUGGAGAAAAUCAAAAAGGAAAGAGCUGAGGAGAAGGCCAAACGAGAGGAGCAGCAGAAGGAAGAAGAGGCUCGGAUGCAUUGUGCGAUUAGGAAAGAAAACACUGAGUUUUGCAGGAACGUGAGCGAAUGUCCAACAUUUUGGCGGGAAACCCUUUGCUCAACGACGCUCCGGUCGCAACGGCGAACUCUUCUGUCGACGGUUUCAAGGUGAAACGACGGUGGGACGAUGAUGUCGUGUUCCGCAACUGCGCAAAAGGUGAGACUCCGGAGAAUCACGAAGACCAAUAGAAUUGCGGAUAUCUUGUGCAAAAAACGUUUUCGUCGUUUAAGAGCUGAAUUCGUGCACAUUUACUACUUAUAAUUAAAGUUACGGCGGAUACGUUUCUUAUUUUCAUACUUCUUCAACGAUCAAUUUGAUGCUGAAAGUUGAAAAAAAUUUUUAAAAGACCUCUUCGACAAUGUUUUAUCUUCACUAGGAAGGAAUUUAAUUCCGGUUCAAAAACAAGGAAUAUAGUUUUCACAUUUUCCAUUCGAUCUUUGCUCAAUUUCCAAUCUAGAUAGCUUCUCAAUUUCUGAAAAAAGACCUUUGAAAGUAUAAUGCAGUUCUAUGAGCGAAAAUUUUGAAUUUUCUGUGAGAAACAAUUUUUUUGAACGUAAAUUUGAGGCUUUUUGGAUGCUGAACUAGUGUAUCUGAAAGUAUUCUGCCCACUUAUUUCUGAAAGAUGUCGGAAACUAUUCAAAAAAAACAUAGGUUGUCAGGUGAACCGUUGAAAAACGAAAUUAUCUGUAAUUUUUUUUUCGUUAUCAACAUUUAUUUAAUCAAUGCAAAUAAUAAUACGGUUCAAGGGCCAAAAACAGGGUAAUAUAAAAAUUGAAAAAAGAAAAAAAGAGUUCAAAAAUACACCCGGAAGUGAAUUCUAAACAUUAAUUAUAUUAGUACUUUUUUAAGUACGGUGUUAUAAACAAGGAACAUGACGUCUCACCUCAGGAGUUUUGAGAUUAUUUUCAGAUGAGCAAGUGAAAUAAGAGUAGUAGGACGAGCCACAACGAUCGCAAGGUCGGAAAAGGAAACUUUUCUGAGCACCUCUGUUGUGAGAAUCGAUUGGAGCAUAGACUGUAGAACAAUAAUAGGACGGAUAUACACAUCAAAGAUAAUAUAAGUUUUCUUUUUACAGGGCUAGAAGAGCGCAAAAAGGAUGUCACUUUCAUAAACGACGCUAUCCGAUCAGAGUUUCACAAAAAGUUCAUGGACAAAUACAUCAAGUGA